AUGAAUAAUACACAACAGACUCAAAAGACUCCUGCACUUUUAAGUCAUCAAUUGUUUGAAGCAAAUUUAAUUGAUCGUCUCUAUGGCAAGGAGAGGCAAGAAGAGGAAGAUGAGGAAUCCUCCAGUGAAAAUGCUCAAUGUCUAACGAUCUUACCUCCAAUCAACUCCUCCACACUACAAGAACUGGACCUUACCAACGUGGUGAAGAAUGCACAAUUCCGUCAUGAUCUGUUAUUUGAUAACUUUAUUAAAUUCAAACCAAAUCAUUUAGAAAAAAAAAUUAAUGAUAUACAUGCAAAACAAUAUUGGAAUAUUCUUGAGAAUCAAUUGUUGUUGAUUUUCAACAAGAAAUCUUCCGAUAAUCGUAAUUUGAAGUUAUUGCUCACAGAAUUCAAAUCAAUCUUAAUCUCGUUGUUGCCAGAAAAUUGUGCCUCAGAAUGUAACGCGUAUCUAAAUAUCAAUACUUUACUCAAUUCUAUCCGUGGUUGUCCCAGUUGGAAAAUCGCUUAUUCAUUUUUAAUCGAUUUCAUCGAAUGGUUACAAGACAUUCUAAAGAGGCAUUGUGCUCCAGCAAGGGACGUUCUAGUAGAUAAAAUCUUUAUCAGUUUUAAAAACUUCAUUAUCCCAUUACAAAAUACCACUAUUGUCUCUACCUCUACCUCUGUCUCUACUUCACCUCUUCCUCCACCCGCUACCAUCCCUCCAGUCUCUAUCUUGAAAUCCACAAAUCAUUUAAUAGAAGGUAUCAAAAACUUAUUCGAUUUAUUAGAAUUGAUGAAGUUGGAUAUUCUAAAUCAUCAAAUUCGGAUCCUUACCCCAACUCUAGUAUCAAACAUCAUUCAAUUCGAACAACAUUAUUAUCACGUUAAAAAAAAUUCAAAAUCUUUGCCCAUACAAUUGAACAAAGAUAUCUCGGACCCUACAUUAUUGUUAAACUCCACUUUCCAUUCGUUAAAGAUAGAAAUAAUUAAAAGACUUUCAUGUUGCCUCAAAGAAACCUCCUUACCAGAUUGUUUGGAAUUAGAUAAUUAUAGAUUGAUCAAGGCAAAACUACAAUUGAGACAACUCACUUGCAUAACUAUCUGUAGAAUGAUGUACAAUCAAUUAUUAACAGAUGAUCAAAAGACAAUCCCCCUAGGCAUCUUCAAUCAAAACAUCUUCAGCAUCGUAUCCCAUAAGCAUUCCUCCUAUUGGACUAAAAACAUUUCAAGAUUAUCCCUAUACAUGAAACAAAUUACGAACACCCCCAUAGAGACUUCUUUCAUAAAAGAUUGGUUAACAAAGAACUUUUCUCCUCAUUUCAGUAACUUGUACAAGAUUACAGAGGCAAAGAUAUUAAACAUGUUGGUAGAUCAUAUCAUCCCGGAUUCAAAUCUCGUUUACAUCAAUUUGAACUCCACAAAUUUCGACAACUUCAAAAUAUUCAACGUCCUAUAUUUACAAGAUUUUUUAAAAUUAUUGAAAUCAUUAUACUUAUUAAUCAAUCUACAUUGGCAAGUAUAUCAUGAUCAUUAUAUCACGCCUACUGAACAAUCUAUACAUUAUCAAUUACCAAUUCCUUCUCCACAAGAUUCAGCAUCAAUUUAA